CGUCCCUCCCCACGUGUUCGCCGCCGUUUGACCCGCGCUCCCUGGAGGCGACGCCCCACCUCGCUCACCUCCGGUUUUAACCCCGCUGGCUCCGGCGCCCAUGAUCCCGGGGCCCUGGUCCGCGCCUCUCUGCAGGCGCGUCGCCCCUGCUGGCCAUAGCGGGAUGGGCCUGAGCCCAGCAGCCAGCGGGGAGUACGGGAUCCGCCUUUCCAGGGUCCCAGGGCCACAUCCCAAGCAGAUCUCGAGGACCACAAGUACCGAGUCAAGUGACAGCCAAUCUACAACUGGACAGUCAACUGUACCCCACUCAGACUCAGCAAGUUCUCAAGCGCUGUUGGUCCAGUUCUUGCCUAAGCAACUCAAGCAAGACCGCCAAUUAGAACAGGCUAGAAGCUUGCGGCAGGGGGAGAAACCGGAAAUUAACCUGAAGUUCACACUCAGCAAGAAGAGGACAGAGCUGAUUCCAACAUCAAAUUCAGAGAUCGAAGGGACACACAAAAAUCAAGCAGCUGAGGGCAGUCCAAAACCCAGACCUGGAGACCUGAUUGAGAUUUUUCGAAUUGGCUAUGAACAUUGGGCCAUCUAUGUGGAAGAUGACUGCGUAGUCCACCUGGCUCCCCCAAGUGAGUUUGAGGCAGGGAGCAUCACCUCUAUCUUCAGCAACCGAGCUGUGGUGAAGUACAGCCGGCUGGAGGAUGUGCUGCAUGGUUGCUCCUGGAAGAUCAACAACAAGCUGGAUGGGACAUACCUGCCACUGCCGGUGGACAAGAUCAUCCAGCGCACAAAAAACAUGAUAAACAAGAUAGUUCAGUACAGCCUAAUUGAGGGGAACUGUGAGCACUUUGUCAAUGACCUCAGAUAUGGUGUGCCCAGGAGCCAGCAGGUGGAGCACGCCCUGGUGGAGGGAGCGAAGGCUGCAGGAGCUGUCCUCUCAGCAGUAGUAGAUAGCAUGAGACCCAAACCCAUAACUGCUUGAAGGUACUGCGAAUUCCCAGCGGAGGAGGAGCCACUGGCAGCUGCGGAGCAAGACCUCCUUUCUUCCUCCUCGCCUUUCUCACUCUGUUGCCCUGUUAAAAAAAGAUUGUGAGUUUCUUGAAAACU